UUCAGACUGCAGGAAGCAGCAUCAAACUAACUGAGGGGAGAUUGACACAGCAUUUUCAGCACCGGGUGUACGAGUACACAGAGAGCGCGGCACAGACGGGAUUAUAGUCAGCGGAGGAGGCAGCAGAGGACAAUAACGGAUUCAAUGAGGGAAGCAACAGGGAUGAAAGAAUGAACAAGCGAUGCAGAGGAAACUAAGAGAGAGAGAGAGAGUGAAGAAAGGAGAGAGAAUCUCACAGACCACAUCAAUCUAAGGAUGUGGGAGCUUUUUGCCUUGGACAUUGAAAGUGGGAUUUUUGAGAAGUGAAGUACGAGGGUCUCAAAUUACAACCCAGUGACAGAACACAACAACUAACUUGCAGGUGAUCUUCUCAGUGGUACAAGCAUCACCUCCAUGGUGGUGACCUGACUUUUGGGAGCAGGACAGAUUCUGGCCUCCCCACCAGGACCCGUACCAGAGACCACUGGUGCCAUGGGAACAAGUAGGUUCAACAGGUACGGCAUUGUGUCAGACGUUUUACCGGAGGAGGCACGCCAGAAGAUCUCCAGCUCAGGGCUCCAUAACGGCCACAGUUCCCUCAACAAACGACUGCACUCGCCCUGCCACGCAGAGGCAGAAGACAGUAGGAGGAGGUCGGGAGCCUCUGCUGCCGUGCACAGCACAAGGGGACGAGCAGGGAUGAACAACUACAACGGGAAGAUUCUGACAAGGGGCUCCAGCCAAGUACGGAGUCGGUUUGUAAAGAAGAAUGGACAAUGUAAUGUUCUGUUCACCAACAUGGAUGAAAAGAGGCAGCGCUACCUAGCUGACAUCUUCACCACCUGCGUGGACAUCCGCUGGAGAUACCUGCUGCUUAUGUUCUGCGCCAGCUUCCUCGUCUCGUGGCUUUUCUUCGGCAUCAUCUUCUACAGCGUCUCCCUGGUGCAUGGGGACUUUGACGAACAACCGCCUGGAAAGGGCGACGAGCUGGCGGUGGCGGUGGCGGGGCUGCACGGGCCCACCUCUGGACACACAUCUGGAGGGCCGACACAAAGGAUGCCCUGCAUACUCCAUGUCCGCGGCUUUGUCGGGGCGCUCCUGUUCUCCAUGGAGACCCAGACCACCAUUGGUUACGGCUGGCGCUGCGUUACCGAGGAGUGUCCUCUCACUGUGAUAACAGUGGUGGUCCAGUCCAUUGUGGGCUGCAUCAUUGACUCUUUCAUGAUUGGCACCAUCAUGGCCAAGAUGGCGCGGCCCAAGAAGAGGAACCAGACCCUUGUGUUCUCCAAGAAUGCGGUCAUUGCCCUGCGCGAUGGCAAGCUGUGCCUCAUGUGGAGGGUAGGCAACCUGCGGAAGAGCCACAUCGUGGAGGCUCAUGUCCGUGCCCAGCUCAUACGUUCUUACGUCACAGCUGAGGGAGAGUUCAUCCCCUUGGAGCAGAUGGACCUCAAUGUGGGCUACGAUGAGGGCACGGACAGACUGUUUCUAGUAUCCCCGCUGGUUGUAAUCCACGAGAUAAAUAAAGACAGCCCCUUGUACACUCUAAGCCGAGCUGAUCUGGAGGCAGAUGACUUUGAGAUUGUCGUGAUCUUGGAGGGGAUGGUGGAGGCCACGGCCAUGACCACCCAGUUCCGUAGCUCCUACCUUGCCAGAGAGGUCUUCUGGGGUCACAGGUUUGAGUCUGUGAUCUUUGAGGACCAGGACCGCUACAAGGUAGACUACGCUCGCUUCCACAAGACCUACGAAGUGCCGUCAAUGCCCCACCUCAGCGCCAAAGAGCUCAACCAGGUCGCCGGCCGGGCAUCUUCUGCCACUUCUCCCGUCCCGGUCUACAGAUCCACCCAAGACUUGAUUCCCAGAUCGCUGAGCGCCUUUUGUUACGAGAACGAAGUGGCGCUGAGCUGCGGGGAGGACGAGGAUGACAUCUUCGACUCCCAGAUUGUGGAGAAGGAGAAGGCGGAGGAGAGUAGGACAUCAGUGUCUGUAGACUUCCAAAAUAUGUUCCAGGAAACAACGACCAUGACAACAGGCAGUCACAGCGUCAUGUGUGUUCUGGACAUGGACAACAACCAGAUGGAGUUUGACAUCCUACAGACUGCCAUCCCUCUUGACCCAGUGUCCUAUAAGAGUGAGCAAGACAUCUAAAGAUCGUCUUGUGUUCCUCUGUUAUUUCACCCAUAAAUCCUUUCAACUUCUUCUACAGUGACUUGGACCUGAGUAGGGUAUGCUUAGUGAAAUUUGUAUUUGCAUGUCCAGAAAUGAAACCCCCUUUUGCCUUGUCUGUGUUGUUUCACAUUUAUAUUUGUUUGUUUUUUCUUCUCAAUGAGAUUAGAAAUGACGAAACAGAGCACACAUUACUAAAUAACUUUGGGCACAUGCAACUGCACUCCUUGAAGAGACAUAAUGAUCAACCAGACCGAUUCUGGAGGAGGACAAAGGAUCUCUGACAAAGCACAGACGGACUUUUAUAAGAUUUCACAACCAAAGGAAAGCACAAUGGCAGUAAAAGAAACUUAAGUCGUGUUUUGCACUGUUUGUACAUUGGCCCAGUUCGAGAUUCUACUUCAUUUAAGAAUUUCAUUUUUUUGUGAACGUAAACAAGAGAUUUGAUGAAAGCAAUAGCAGUUUGCAGGUGAUUCUCUUCCUUUUCAAAGAGGAUUGAGCUCAAGACUUAAAUGGUGACUUUUUAAGAUGAACUGUUUCAAUUUAUGCUUGAUAAUCUCCAUUUUGUUCAUGCCUGCAAUUGUUCCCUGCAAAGUCAACUUUUUUGUUAUUUUUGUUAUUUUCUUAUUUGUGAGAGUACCUGUUUUGUUAAAUCUUUUCAUAAAAUUAUUUAGUGAGAAACUAUUGUUGAUUUUGCUGUGCAGUACACUCCCAACAUCAUUCUCAGUGCAAUCACUGAGAGUAGCAGGAGAAGUAUUUUUCUGAAUUUGAUUAAGACUUUUUAAAUGUCUUGAUUUAUUGCGAUUUAGGAAGACAGCACUGCAUUUAAAAGUCGUGUUUGUGCUGCUGUUGGUCACCAAAGGUUCUGGAGUAGGGGAGCAAAACACAGAGCACCUCCAAUUUAUCACUUGGAAACUGGGGUGCAUGCGGCCUAAAGUGUACACAUUGUCUUUGAUGGCAGAAAGAUGUAAAGCCACUAUGAAGCACAACAGGAAACAAAAAGAUAAAGGAUGAGGAGUACAGUGUCUUGGGGCAGUGGAGAUACAGUCAAGUAUAUGUCAGGUAAAUUGCAGUGAAGUAAACAGUAUUUACAUUUAAUAAAACAGAUGCCCUCAUUUUUGCAGGAGCAGGUUCAGCAUACAAGGAGAAGCAGGUGGUACCUACAAUAUAACAUCAUUUUACUGACAGUAUAAUCAAAUGUGGCCCUUUCUUCCAUCUGGUAGUUCAAACUGAAGUGAAACCAACAAAUGUUUAACUUCUGUUAGACUAUUAAAUAUGAAAGUACUGACGUAUUUAGAUAGAGUCGCGCAGCUAACAGUCGACCUGCUGCACCGGAUGAUACUGCAACUCUUAUUGUUGACUUUUAUUGUUUUUUUUGCUGGUUUUAUUGCUUUAAGUGUUUUCAAUCAAUCAAUAUGGCCGUGAGAGACUGACUGCAGUAAGAAGUUUUCAUUGCGAUACUUGCUAAACAUCUAGGAACACAUUAAUAACAUUCACUGCCAGCCAAAAAAAAAAAGACCAUGUUACAUUUAAAGUUUUCUCUGAAGCAAUGUAUUCAUAAAUGUGAUAGAAAUAACUGUUAGAAGUACUUUUAAGUAACGUAGAUAACUAUAAGGAGGCACUUGUGACAGACAGCUGUACUGUAUGAAUAUGUCCAAACUUUAAAGUUUAUUUUUGAAGCUCCUUGAAAACUUGGUUUUGAAUCUUAAGCAUUUAUUGAAAUGUCUGCAUGCCCUGUGCGUAGAUACUGGCUCACUGCUACAUGUUUUAUUGAGACACCUAAAGGAGCCGUCGUUAGGGUCAUUAGUUCCACCUGUGUGAUUCCUGCUGUGACAAGGACCUAUGGCCCAGAUCCUAAUUAGUGCUUCAUUAGACGCAGCUGUUAAAACGUAUGUAGACAGCUUCAGAAUUAAAAGUAACAAAUAUACAAAGCAGUAUGUUUAAUUGACCCAAUCCCUAAAUAAAAAGGUACACAGCUGACUGUCUUUAUUACUUUUAUUAUCUAAUUUGAGGUAAUUCAUAAUGAUUACCAUAAAAUUGCUUGGAAUCAACCCAACAUAAUAAAAUACAAUACUCAAAACGUUUGGACUGGCGGUGUAUAACGAUAUUGUUGUAAUGUUGGUUUUGGAUUGUAUAAGUAUACUUCAUAUUUCAACAUGGGAACAGAAGGGGAGCCGACUUAAGUGCAGGAAAACACCCCACUGUAAAUGCCAUGUUGUGUAGCAGAGAGAUUAUUUUGCUAUCUGUGCUUGCUGCUUCGUAUAAUUCUAGUGAUAAAGACGCACUAAGCAAACUGCUGUCCUAACUGAAAUAAGAUGAGAAGAAAAACAAACUCACGUACAAAGCACUUUAUUCUUCCUUGUAUACAUUUUGAUG